AUGGAUGGUGAAAGCACCAACGAUGUUAUUGUGGUAGGGGAAGAUGCGACAACUGAAUUUUCGACGAUCCCAUUAAUGAUGGAAUUCGAAGAACGUGAAACUGUGGAAACUGUGAAUCCUGUCCCCGUGAACCAAGAACCGGUCGAAAUGGAACAGGAACCGCAGCAGGAGCCGUUCGUGGAGUCGGCAGUGCCACCAGCGGUGAAUACGGUUGCCACCACAGUUACUGCCAUUCGGCUUGGUUCGGGAGCGGAUGAUAAUCCGACCACGGCGGCCGGUGACGUCGAAGAAGAGAACAUGGACAGGCGCGCGCGUAGUACUCGAAGCCGUGGCCGACGCAGCCGACGUGGCCGGAGCAGAAGCCGUCGCAGCAGACGCCGUCGUAGUCGUCGUGGCCGGAGCAGAAGCGACGACGGAGACUUCUAUGUGCAAAUCGCCGACGAUGAUAUCUCCGCCGCGCCGGCCGGUAGCAGUCGCGGUAGCCAGAAGACGGCCCGUGGUGGUCGAAGGGCUAAGAAUCUAGCAAUCACCAGUCGCCGUGGUGGAAAGGCUACACAAAGCAGUCAAGCCAGAGAUAAUGCUAUCCGUGGCACUCGCGGUGGCCGGAAGUCAGCCAGGGGCAGUCGCAGAGGCCGGAAGAACACCGAAUGUGUUACAGCGCGCACGAUGUGGAGCGAACGAUUGCGUCCCAUCAGCCUUAAUCGGAACAAGAAAUAG